UGUUAUCAUUCUACGUUGAGUAACAAAGACGUGAAGAAGAAGAGCAAUUGUAAAUUACAAUAACAUUUGUAAACAAAAAAAAUAAUUUUUAUAAUUUAUUAAAAAAAUUAAAAUAUGGAUAAAACUGAAACGGUACAACCCACUGGAAAUGCACGACGCAAAAUUCUAAGUGUAGCUGUGUCACAAAUUCUAAUGGAGAAGGGUUUUGAUAGUGUAGACAAAGAAUGUUUAGAGACUCUAACAGAAAUGCUACAGAGCAUGUUAGUUGAAGUUGGUCAGUCGGCUAGAAGCUAUUGUGAACUCUCCGGCCGUACAAUACCUGUAAUAGGUGAUGUGAUUGUCUCGUUGGUAAAUAUGGGUGUAUCACUUCAAGGUAUUGAGGCAUUUGCUAAAAGGGAAGGAAGACAAAUUAUAUCCAUGCCUGCCCAACAACAACAGCAAAAACAAUUAAACCUUUUGCAGGCCGGUACAAAAUCGCAGCAUCCUCCUCAUAUUUUACCUUAUUUGCCUUUGUUUCCUGAUCCACAUGCAUAUGUUCGAACGCCGACACAUAAGCAACCUGUAACAGAGUAUGAAGCUAUACGGGAAAAAGCUGCCACCCAGAAAAGAGACAUAGAAAAAGCCUUAACAAAAUUUCUGGCAAAAACCUCAGAAACUCAUAGUCUUUUUGAUACGGAAGAUAAUAUGUUUCCAUUAAUUGCUUGUAAACCAUCAUUUCCUCCAUAUUUAGCUGCAUUAAACCCCACCGAUCAAGUGUUUGAUUUCGAAGAACUGGAGUAUCAUUAUUUAGUUGCUAAUCGCACCGAAGAUUGUAAAGAUGACGAAGAGAAUGAAAGUGGUAAUGAAGAAGAGAGCGCUGGCAAUGAAGGCGGUGGUGGAAAUAAUGGAAGUGGUGGUGCAAGCGCCGAAGAAUCCGAAAAGAAAUCAGAGAAGAACGACAAAGAUACCAAACCAGACAAUGAUAUUAAGCCAAAUUCAAGCACAAAUAAGGCAAUUCUAGAAAAUCCUAAUAUUGAUAAUCCUUAUUUAAGAGCUGCCACACUACCUAAGCGAGCUAAACCAGAUCCAGUUUUAUUAGCAACAGCUCCCACUGCCUCGACAAAUAAUGUAUAAAAACAAAAAUAAUGUAAUAUUUUAUAUGUUUGUAUCUUACCCUAGAAAAUAAUAACAAGAAUUUUACUAAACUUACAUAU